CGGAGCAGAGAGAGAGAGAGAGAGAGAGAGAGUGUGUGUGUGUCCCAAGUGCUCUGCGGGAAGAAGAAGAAGAAGAAGAAGAAGAAGAAGAAAAGUUAGACACACAUAUACAAUAUAUCUAUAUCUACAUCUAUAUCUAUAGCGAGAGAGAGAUGGCUGGAAAAUCUGGAGCAACUCCGACGACCUACUCGCCGUCGCCGACGACACAGAACAAGAAGAGACCUCCCAUUUUCAGCGACGUCGAUUGGGUUCGCUCCGACGCUCGUGGUUUCCACCAGUGCCGCCCUGCCUUUUUAAGGACUGGUGCAGUGAAUGCAGCAUCUGGAUCUGCUUAUGCAGAGUUUGGAAAUACCAAGGUCAUUGUGUCCGUAUUCGGGCCAAGGGAAAGUAAGAAAGCAAUGAUGUACAGUGAUGUAGGGCGGCUGAAUUGUAACGUCAGUUAUACAACUUUUGCUACCCCAGUUCGCGGACAGGGAUCAGACAACAAGGAGUUUUCCUCUAUUCUUCAUAAAGCUUUGGAAGGUGCCAUAAUACUGGAUUCUUUUCCUAAGACUACUGUGGAUGUUUUUGCAUUGGUGUUGGAAUCUGGUGGCUGUGAUCUUCCUGUGGUGAUUUCAUGUGCUAGUCUUGCUCUAGCAGAUGCAGGGAUUAUGAUGUAUGAUUUGGUUGCCUCAGUUUCUGUGUCUUGUCUUGGGAAGAACCUUGUCAUUGAUCCCAUUUCAGAAGAAGAACGCUACCAAGAUGGAAGUGUAAUGAUUAGUUGUAUGCCUUCUCGUAACGAGGUCACUCAGCUGACUGUUACAGGAGAAUGGUCGACCCCAAAGAUUCACGAGGCAAUGGAGCUAUGCCUUGAUGCUUGCUCUAAGCUAGGGAAGAUCAUGAGGUCAUGUUUGAAAGAAGCCACAUCUGCUUUGCAAGAAUAGGAAGAAAGUAUUUCCUUUAUAUUUUCUCUUCUAUGGUACAGAAUAUAGAGAUAGCUAUUUACUUUAUUUCCUUCAACCCAGGCCAAUAAAUUAUGCAAUUUUUUGACUUGGUUUGGCCUGAAUUUUGCCCCUUGUAAUCCAUGCAGUGAUCUUUCAUUUACUUGUUUCUCUUUGAAUUGUCAUGCACUUGAAGAAAAAGAACCAGCUAAACUCUUCCAUGGAACAAGGCUGAUUGUGUUAAAUGGAAUAUAUAUUACAGCCUGCAAAUUUAUGAUCAUA